UCUCGUACAGAAAAUUAUAACAUGAUCAUAUACUCAGUCCUUUAAGGUUCUCUCUCUUUCUAUGAGGUGAGAGAUGGUAUCCUCCAAGGCUGGUUCAAUUUUCCUUCGUCUGCUCAAAGAUUCAAGAAAAGGGAUGUUUAUUUUCUUGGCUUUUGGGACCUCGUUAUUCAUUUUCUUCUCCAUAUCUUCUACCUUGAAACUUCAUAAUGUUCCGGGGAAAACCCGGCUUCAUGUGAAUCUAACUCUCGAGUUUUCGAAACUUAAUCCAGAACCAGUGCAUCCACUAUCGGUUAAAAGAGUUUCAGUAAAGGAACAGACAAUUACAAACGGUUCUGCUCUUGACUAUUUUAAGGUACCGGAAGACGUUAGUGAACCAGUGGGAAAUGUGAGCAAGGGUCAUGUUGAUCAUUUUCAGUGGCCUAAUGAGUUACCAAAAGUCCGGUCGAGUGUAAAUAGAGAGAGUAAAAAUGAGGUAUUCCACGACAGAACUCUCUUCGAGCAAGAAUACAAGGAGAUGAACAAAAGCUUAAAAAUAUAUGUAUAUCCUCACACGAAAAAGGAUCCAUUUGCAAAUAUUCUCCUCCCAGUGGACUAUGAACCUAGUGGCAACUAUGCAAGUGAAAGUUAUUUCAAGAAAUCUCUAUUCAAAAGCCAUUUCAUGACAAAUGACCCUUCAGAAGCAGACCUAUUCUACAUGCCAUUUUCAAUAGCAGGAUUGAGACAUGACAAGAGAAUUGGUGUUGGAAGGAUUAAGAAAUUCGUCAAAGAAUAUGUUGCCAACAUUAGUAUCAAGUAUCCUUAUUGGAAUCGAAGUGGGGGCGCAGAUCAUUUUUAUGUAGCUUGUCAUUCUGUUGGGAGAACAGCCAUGGAAGAAGCGGUCCAAGUGAAACUGAAUGCUAUACAAGUUGUUUGUUCUUCGAGUUAUUUCCUUUCGGGGUAUGUUACUCAUAAAGAUGCAUCCAUUCCACAGAUUUG